AUGGGUCGAGGUCGUUUCGUUUCGUUCCGUUCCGUUUUUUUUUUUUGGUGUGGCGGACGGACAAGCCGGCGAGAUUGGAAUUGCAUCUGGUUAAUAUUCGAUAAAUGGGCUUGUGCAGCAAGAGCAAGCGCAAGUGCAAGGGUAAGAGCAAGUGUAAGUGUAAGUGCAACCGCCUCAGCGAGAGAAAAAGAUACAGCGAGCGCCGUUAUGUUUAGGAUAGCCAAAAAUUUGGUCAGAACCUUUGAGCAGAGCGUGCAGGAUACCCUGGCGUUCUCGCAGGAUUCGGGCAGCCUGGAUGCGUUCUUCCAGUCCAUACCUCCAAACCUGCUGUCUGCGCAGCUGGCGCCGCCCGCAGAGGCCAUGGCAGAGAGUGGCAAGCACACCAACAUGAAUGAGACUCUUGCCGGGUUGCGCAUCGUCUGGGUGGACGAGGUGCAGUGCCAAGUGCAGUCCUUUUUCGACUAUAUAGUGGGCUUCAAUGAUGAUCCGGUGCCCGUGGUCAGUAACCAGCACGGGUUUUCCUAUCCGGAUUACCAGCAGAUCACGUCCAUGUUCAACGGGCACUGCGGCCGGACCGUGAAGGUUAACGUGUGGUCUGCGAAGGGGGGCACGUUCAGAGACGAGUAUCUCAGCGUGGCGUCCAAGGACAGCGAUCAUUUGGACGACGUGUCUUUGAACCACGACGAAAGGAAGUCUUCCAGCGGAGAGGCGCAUCAGUUCCAAGCGCUCGGGUUCAAAGUCCAAUGGACUCCUCUGAUAGCGUCCACUUUCACCUACCACAUCUUGAACGUAAACAUUCCUGAGGGACCCGCCCAGUUAGCAGGGCUCGUCCCGGACGAAGACUACAUCAUCGGCUGUCAGGACGGCCUGUUGGCCACGGGGGGUGAGACGCUCUUGCAAGAUAUUGUCAGGUCUAGAGCGAACCACGACCUGGUCCUGUACGUUUACAACAAGGUCUCCGACUGUGUGAGGCCCGUCUCCGUGCACAUAGGCCCCGACGGAAGGCUGGGUUGCAAUGUUGGUUACGGGUUCCUCCACAGGAUCCCCACCGUCAAGCAACAACAACAACAGCAACAACAACAGCAACACCCACAGCAAGUACAGCCAAUACAGCCAGUGCAGCAGCAGCAGCAGGACGGCGAUGCGGUCCCUUUUCCAACAGAAUCAGAAUCCGCUUUCGUCCCAUCUGCAUUCACCGCCCCACCGGUUGUCAAGAAGAAAGCAAAGAAUAAGAAGGCUACUCAGCCAUUGGUCAUGGACGACUACUUCAAUGAAGGUAGAGACAAGUCAUCUGCUCCAAAACCAACAGAGUCUGAGUUGCCCGCUCCACCGCCGCAAAGACAACCCUCAUCUGAUUAA